UCUUCCCUCCCUCCCCCCUCCGUGUGACUCGGAGCUGAGGUGGCCGCCAUCUUGUCCACCAGCCAAACCAUCCGCCGCCGCUGCUGCCGGGCUUUUGAGGCCUUGCGGGGAGAAAGCUCCGAAGCGGCCUCCUCCUCCCGCCUCCCCGCGUAGGGGCAGAGUGGAUGCCGGGUCCUUCCCCGGGUCCGUGCUGCUGAAGACCUCGGAGCCGGGCUCCUCGGGGAUGGGCCGCUCCCGCUCGCGGAGCUCGUCGCACUCGAAGCGCGUCAAGAGCUCCAAGCACAACAAGAAGAACCGGAGCCGCUCCCGGUCCCGCUCCCGGGAGAAGGAGAGGGCGAGGAAGCGCUCCAAGUCCCGGGAGAGCAAGCGGAGCCGGCGGAGGGAGUCCCGCUCCAGGUCCCGCUCCAACACCGCGCCGUCCAGGAGGGACCGCGAGAGGGAGAGGGAGCGGGAGAGGGCCUCCUCCCCGCCCGACCGCAUCGACAUCUUCGGCCGGACCGUCAGCAAGCGCAGCAGCCUGGACGAGAAGCAGAAGCGCGAGGAGGAGGAGAAGAAGGCCGAGUUCGAGAGGCAGAGGAAAAUCCGGCAGCAAGAAAUAGAAGAGAAGCUUAUUGAGGAAGAGACGGCUCGAAGAGUGGAGGAACUUGUAGCAAAGCGGGUAGAAGAAGAACUGGAGAAACGGAAAGAUGAGAUUGAGCGGGAAGUUCUGCGCAGGGUGGAGGAGGCUAAGCGCAUCAUGGAAAAACAGUUGCUCGAAGAACUCGAGCGACAACGACAAGCUGAACUUGCAGCACAAAAGGCUAGAGAGGAGGAAGAGCGUGCAAAGCGUGAGGAGCUAGAACGAAUACUAGAAGAGAAUAAUCGAAAAAUUGCAGAAGCACAAGCUAAAUUGGCUGAAGAACAAUUGAAAAUUGUUGAAGAACAAAGAAAAAUUCAUGAGGAGAGGAUGAAACUAGAACAAGAGAGGCAACGUCAGCAAAAGGAAGAGCAAAAAAUGAUCCUAGGCAAGGGAAAGUCUAGGCCGAAACUGUCAUUCUCACUAAAGAGUCAGGAUUAAAUUUCAGCUCUGAACUCUAAUGGAAAAUGAAACAAAACUUUGUAUAGUAGCUUCAUGUUGAAGUGUUUUUUUAUUUUAUUUUCUUUCGUGAUUUUUUCUUUUCUUUUUGGACAUCUGAAAAGUUAGCUUGUUCUAAUAGGGGCUGUGCUCUACAUCUCUCUUAUUUUAAUGUCUAUUGAGUUAAAUCCUUAUCAGAUCAUUGUCUUCUUAAAGAAUAAAUCUGUUUUGAUUCUAUGAUAAAAUGACUUGAUGCAGGUCAGGUCAUUUUAUGAAUUAUGGUAUGGUCUGAUAAGGUUUUUACUGACCCACUGAUCUCAGAGUUAUACUCUGAUGUUAAUUUUUAAUGCUGGUUUGCUGACUUCUUAAAAAAAAGUUUGGCAAAAGUAUUGGUAAAUUCCCACAGUGUACUGGAUCCUCAGUGGUUUGUUAUAUCGGUGUCUUAUGAUACUAUCCCACUAUUGUGCUUGAUGUUCCUGAUACAGGUAAGGAAAAAGUUGGUCAGUGUUGGCUGGAGAUGUGUAAAGGGAGUUCAGUAUUGUCUCUGCUAGAAUUGUUUUUAUUCCAGUGGUAAAAUUCAACCAGCAUUCCCAAUUGUGUAAAUAAACCAAUUUGCCGAAUAAAGUGAAGUCUUAAAUUCAUGCGUUUUAAGUAAAUUUUUUUAGUGCAUGUAUAUUUUAUGUUAAUGAACAGAAACUUGUUUUCCCAUAACCAAAAGCACACUAGUAUUAAGGUCACUAAUAUCUUUCAUGCUCUCUAUUCCGAGCUUGCACAUACAAUUUGAAACUAUCACAGCUGUGCGGUUUAGUGGCUAUCGCUGGCUUAGAGGUAGAUUUUGUUUUGACAAGAUCCUCAUUUCAUCUGCUGCAUCUUUCUUUGUCCAGCAUUCAAAGAGUUAAUGAGGCUUCUGUGUCUAGUGGAAUUGUUUACUUUUGAAACUUCCCUCAGUUUCAAAAGCAGUGUGCCAUACAGCAUUACAGGGUUAUACUUGGGAACAAGUCAAAAUACCCUUGUGUUCAUGAAACUAAUUUUUCCUAACGUUUGCAUUCUUCACCUUUAUCUUCAUCCCACCCCAGCAUAAUGGACAGAUAAAAAGUGCCACAUGCAUAUUUUUUUAAAAAAUUCUUGUGGCUACUGAAAGUAUUUGCUGGCAUGUCCACCAGCCAUUAAUAGUUAUGGUUUGUGAUAUUAGACUGGUGUAACAGUCUAUGUAUGCCUAUUGAAGCACUUAUUUUUUUGGCAUAGGAAGUUUUGCAAUUGGAUCACUAGAAUAAUUUUGUAAAGGCUUUUUGUGUUAUUGUAAUGGUAAACACAAAUGAAGGUUAACAUGCUAGUCCUUUUCUUCAGGCACGGAGCGUUUGGAUGCUGCACGUUUUUGUCAGUCCCAAAAUAUUUUUGGCACCAAGAUAGACUGAUUAGUUUUCAAACGUAACUGUUCUAGUGGAAUUUUUUUUCCCUCCCCGGUUGUCAUGUACAAUGUUUCUACUAAAACUGCAGUAUCCAUAGUUUGUUCAUAACGUUCUUACUUGAAUAGUUGAAUCAAAAAGGAACAAGAGAGUGAUGGUGCCUUUUUUUGUUUUGCAAGCAAUGUAACAUCUUUUGCGUCGGGUAUGUGACCCAGAUCUGGAAGAGUCUCAUGUUCUGUUUGCCCAGAUUACAGGAUGAAAAGAUGAUGAUGAAAUACACAACAGCUGAACAGUCAAUAUCUUUGAGAAUGUUUUUAAUAAAUUAAUACCGCU